GUUUGUUACUCUUUCUUAUUAACCAGCGAAGCAAAUGAAAGACUUUUGAAUUGUGGGAACACAAAGUUGUUGGAGCAUAAUUCAUCUCUUUGAGGAUAGAAACAAGAUGGGAGAUUCAGUACCUCUAAAACUAGCACUGCCAGAGCUGAAGUAUCCUAUUGGUUCACAGCCAAAGCAAAAGUCAGCAAUCAACCAAUAUUCUGGCUCAGAGUAUAUCUCCAUUGUUGACAGCAUCCUAAAACCAGAUGAGAUGAUAAGAGUCCGAGGAUCAUUUCUGGGACCUAUAAUGAAGCUCAGUGAGAGAGGAUUGAAGUUAUCAGCAAAGAUGGUCUACGCCAUUCUCACUAGAAGCAUCGUUUCUGUCAAGGAGAAUGAAGCCUGGUUCCAUUUCGGUGCGCAGCCAAUGAGGUUCUCUAUAAGAGAAUUUCAUAUGAUGACAGGCUUGAAAUGUAGUGGUGCAUUAGAAGGAUCACGAAGGGAAACCGAUAGAUUUAAUUGGGAAUUGCUAAAGGGGCGUAGUCAUAAGUUAAGUGACGUGGUGGAACAGCUCAGAAACACAAGAGAAGAUGCUUCUGAGGAGAGAGUAUGCCUCGCAAUGCUCAUCCUGGUAGAGAGCAUAUUAUUGCGGAAGAGCAAAGGAGGGAGUUUUCCUUUGGAAUAUGCGAAAAAUGCACAGGAUAUGACAUAUCCAUGGGGGAAAGAGGCUUACAUUGUGCUCCUGAAGUCAAUUCAAAACGCUGUCGCGAAUCAUUUGGAGAAUAAAUCCAAAUUUGAGUUGCAAGGUUAUCCUCUAGUAUUCCUUCUUUGGAUACUAGAGUCGAUUCCUUUGCUAAGGAAUAAGUUCAGUAGUGUGUACCAACAGUUGAGGGUUUUACAGGUUGAAGCUGAUACAAAGCUGAAGGUCCAUUGCAUACUACCUUCUAUUCCUCAUGAUCCAGAAGAUGAUAUCUCCAUUAAAGACAAAUAUAGUGACGAGCUGGAAACACUGAAAGAUGUAACAAAGAAAGGGUACAAGCUUACAGCCGAUGACUGGGAAAAUAGGUGUGUAGACACAUUUGAAACAUUGGAUGCUCUUAUUCAAAUGAUGGCAAAUAAGGAGACUGGCCAAGCUUCUACUCCGAUUGAUAAGGAUUCAGUAAAUGAAAAAGUGAACAGGAUCAUUUAG